CCAAAAAAAAAAAAACAAAAAAGUACGUUGUACGGGACUUAAACUAGUUUUAUCUAAGUCCAAUUAUAUUGCAACGCUUAUUAAAAUAAAACAAGGUGGAAAUAUUUUCUUUUUAUUGUUUUCCAUUUACCUAUACCCGACACCUCACAUAUCAUUGGCCAUGUGGAAUUGUGAAAACUAUUUUUAUUUUUUUAUUUUUUUUGUCACAAGUUGUCACCUUUAAUAAUGAUAACUUUCCAUCUACUCCAUAUUAUAAUGGAGAUGAAUAGAUUAUCCUCAAAAAAUAAAAAAAAUAAAAAUAAAAAAGAAUGGAGAUGAAUAGAUUAUGAAUUUAUGAGUAAAAUACUGCUGAAGAGUUCAACAACCCAAAAAUAUUUUGAAGAAAACAAGCAUAAACCUCUGCCAAUCCAAUUUCAUUUCAUCGUCAUGUUUGUGAGAUGAUGGACAACCCUCGACUUUCUGAUGCUGUUGCAUCUCUUUUCCAUAAACUGGAACCCUCUAAUCUUUCCAAAUACAAAUUCCCACCAGAUCUGGAAAUUGGUCUUACAAAACUGAAAGAUUCACUGCCCCUUCUGCUUGACCCUAGCCGUACCCACGAUUUAUCUUUAUCCACUGAUGAUCUCGAGCACCCUGUUUGCAGGGUAAAUGAUUUACUGGAUCUUCAUUUUGAUGAGAGUUCUUCAAUUGUUAAAGACGAUGGAGAAGAAGAAGAAGAAGAAGAGAAGAGGUUUGAGGAGCUGAGGUUGCUUAUCUCACGCUUGGCGCCACUGUUUAAAAGUUGUUCUGAAAUAACAGAGUUUGAGUUGGCCUAUCUUAAACGUCUUCCGCCCGAUCUUUUCAGAUUAGUUGUGUAUUGCUCAAUUUAUCCUAAAGGUCAUAGAUUUGUCAGAGAAACUCAGGUCAAUAUGUUGAUGGCUCAGGAUCUCUUGAGAGAUACACUAGAAAAAUAUAUAAAUCCUGACAAAAUGCCCGUAAGUAUUGUAACAACAUAUGUAAUGCCUGAUGAAACAACUAUCUUGAGAGAUACUGGAAAGCGGUAUUUUGAAGAGCUGCUUUCCAGAGGGAUAUUUGAAAAACCCGUGUCUGUUUUUGGUAAUGGCAACAGCAGAAGCGUAUACAGCUGUGAGAUGAACCCUCUUGUCUGUGAUGCAGCACGCCGCCUUGCAGCUGAAGAGGUAGCUGUGUUCAGUACACGUAAUUCUGAUGGUUCCUCUUCUGUAACUGUUGGACAACGAACUAAGCAUGUAGCAUUCCACAAGAACGGGUUUUCACGGUUUAACCUGGAAAAGGUGAUCCAGAAUUGUGAAAACACUACUUCAUUAUUAAUGUUCUCUAGUCACUGGGAUGCGUUUUUUGGUGGAUCUGCAGGUCAAAUUGUAAGAUUGGAUAAUUUAAGACAGCUUCGUGUAUUAGACUUAUCUGGAUGCCAAUUUAGGAAGCUUCCACCUAUCCGUCUAUCUUCCUUGAAAUAUCUUAGUCUGUUAGGGAAUGUUCUUCUCGAAAGUUUUUCUUGUGAGUUUUUUCCGCUCUUGGAGACAUUAGAUAUUCAUGGAUGUGUUCGAUUGGAAAAUGUUGUGGGUUUAGAACUCUUAAGCGAUUUGAGGAAUUUGUACUUAACAUCCCGGCAAUCAUCUUUGACUUUAGGUUUCCACCGACGAGGAGUGUUAUUAGAAGUCUCUCACUGUGUGCAUUUGAUCGACAUUAGAGGUCUACAUAUGAAUAUAUUGCGCAUCUUUGAUUGCCCAAGCCUUAAAACACUUCAUAUCCGUUACCUUGAGGAAUUAGUUCUGCAUAAUUGUGCUAGUCUAGUUAUAGACUAUGGAACACAAUUGUAUGGGAGAAGCAUAUAUCUCAAAAGAUUGGAACUUGUAGGUCUUCCAAUGGUUCGGUUGCCUGACUGGCUUCAAUUCGCCCAGGUUCUAGAGUAUUUCAUGAUUAAAAAUUGUCCACAGUUACAAAAGCUAGAGAGUGUGAAAUACCUUAGAUCUCUUCAGGAACUAUACAUCUAUAGUUGUCCAAAUUUGCGAUCUCUACCUUAUAAUGCUCUAUACUCACUUCCUAACCUCAACUUACUCGAUAUCAGGAAUUGCCCAAAGCUCACUGGAAUACCCACAUGGCUCUCCAAUAUUCAGGAGGUGUUUAGUGCUAUUCCAUCUUUCUUCAGGAAAAGCAGUUCUACUGGUCGUGCUAAAACACACAAACCCCAAUCCAGUUCGGAAUCGAAAGAAGAAUGUUAGUGCUAUUCCAUCUUUCUUCGAGUGGAAAAGCAUUUAUAGUGGUCGUCCUAAAACAAACAAAUCCUCGUCUCAAUCUAGUUCAGAAUCAAAAGGGACAAGAAGAAAACCUUCGCGCUCUUUGCCCCAUCUGUCGGAGUCGGCUUCCAGACCCAACGUCUUAAAAGUUUAUGUUGAUGGACAAAUCUACAAGUUUUCACCAA